AUGGCGUCAUCGGUGCGCCAACAAACACAACACCAGCAACAUGAGCAAUACUUUGAUGCACAUUACCGGAAGGAGCAGCGGGUGAAGCGGAAGGGGAGGGGAGGUGACGAGGUGACUUCAGCCUCAUUCAUAACUCCAAAGGACCCAGCUUGUGGCAGGCGUCCUCUCCUACUCCCCGGCGCGGCAGGUGGGCAGUCUCGCUCAUUAAUACAUGGAGUGCCCGGCUCAAAGUCCAGUCUGAGCCAGGGAGAAGCACCGCAGCCUCCUUCACCUCCCCGCCAGGAUAAAGACAAAGCUGUAGCGUGCGUGUGCGCCAUGAGGGUGCUGUGGGUGUGCGUGUGUGCGUGCUUGGCGGUGACGGAGGCUGGCAGGUGGGCGGACAGGGCGAAGGACGAACUCAAGAUUGACGUGGACCGAAUGGAAACGGUGCCAAGUUCUUACAGUAACGAUAUAACACUUGACAUCACCGUGGACUUCGGGGUAUCUAGCGAAAGCACCACUGAGAGUACUAUAUCCACGGAGACAACACCUUUGCCUACCACCACCACCGCCAUCACCCCCACCACCACUACUACCACCACUGAGACGACAAGUUCAUCUUCUCCGAGUGUCGAUGCCAUACGAGUACUACCCUCCGACUGCGCAGACCUCCUAAUGGCCGGGGUUACGAAGAGCGGGGUGUAUUAUAUCUACCCAUUCACAUGCACGUGCAGUGAGCCCAUACUGGUGUGGUGCGACAUGGAGACCGAUGGCGGCGGGUGGACGGUGUUCCUUAAGAGACAGCAGCAGCCCUAUCAACUUGACUUCAACCGCACGUGGGAGGAAUAUCAGGCAGGCUUCGGCGAUCCCUACAUGGAGUACUGGCUGGGUCUGGAAAUGCUUCACGUGAUGACUUACGGCCGUAUGUACUCCGUUCGCCUCGACUUAGAAACCACGGAACAGAAGGAAGAGUACACCACGUUCCCAAACAUAAAAGUGGAAUCGGAGGACGAAAAGUACAAAGUUAUUCUGGCCGGAAGGGAAGGAGGGAGUCCCCAGACCAAGUACUGCUUCCGUUACUGGAGCUACAAACUCUUCACCAGUAUCGACCGGGACUACGACUCUUACUACCGAGGCAACUGUGCGAACGAGCAAGGAGGCGGCUGGUGGUACACCAACUGUAGAUAUUUCAACCCCACCAGCAUCUACGGGGAACAUAUUGAGCUGACCUGCCCCUACUCGGUACAGCUGAAUGUGACGCGUCUGCAGCUCAAGAUACGACCCACUUUGUGUGACGCGCCCUUCAAAGCCAUCCACCUGCGAGAGAUGAGCUGUGGGUGUUGAGGCAACAGACACGCGGGCUCGCCAGUAUUACACCCAUGAGACAUCUUAUUUGUUAUUAAUGUUAAUUACUUUGAAUUUGAGGUGAGCGUGAUUUAAUCUCCUAAGAAGCUGUUUUACAAGAACCUUCACGCCGUACCAGUGUGAAGCAACAAACAGUAUACUAAUAUAUUUUAUGUAUUAAUAUGAUCAAUAUCAUGCUAAAUAUAAAAUGUCUGUAUGUAUGUAACUUUCAUCCAUGUGAAUUUAGCUCGUAGUUAUUCCUGCAUGAAAAAUCUAUGAAAUCUUGAUAUGAUGUUAGUGAAAAGAACUUACCUUGUUAGAAUUUGGAAUAAACGAAUAAGAACAUU